GUUACCAAGUAUGGAAUUUCAGAAAAGAGAAGAAUAAGAUUAAUUAACAAAAUUUCAAUAUAACCUAACAAAAUCUAACAUAAUUUUUUUGAAAAAUAUAAUUUUGAAUUCACAUUUUUAUGACUAAUAAUAAUGACAAUAAUGAUCCACUGAUAAUAAUAAAAAUUCUUCAUUAUGAACGAAAUAGCACAGAAACUAUUUCAUGAUCAUAAAAAUCCAAUAGUCAAAUUAGAUCUCAUUGGAACCAAAUUGUUCUUCAAAGCAACCACUGCUGAAGAUCGGGAAAGAAUUGAAACCAAUCAAUCCAGUUUAGAAAAUGUCCUAAGACAAUUGAGGGUAGAGAGGAGAUGUGCCAGAUCUAGAGCUGAAUGGUGUCCAAAUUUAAACAUGGCCAAAGUGACCAAGGUAGUCAAGGGGCUUUUGCAAAACUUCGGCUAUCAGGAUAAAAAUGGAAUUUUCAUGUACCCUGAAGAAAUGCUUUUUCUUUUAGAAACUAACAGAAUGGAGGUCACCUACAAAAAUCUACCUCUGACUGUUCAAGAAUGCUACAAUAUUCUUCUUCAUAAUAAUGACUUUGAGUUCCGGAAGUACUUGGUGUACAAAAAACUUGUACUCAAUGGAUAUAGGGUAGUUUCAUAUAAAGAAUUGUUGAGGAAAGUAUCUAGAAAAAUACGUGAAAUCGAUGUUGAUGUGGAAGAAAAACGUUCCUGCAAACGUAAAAUAGAGGAAAGUUGCACCUCAGGCAAUGAUAACAAGAAAAUUAUCCUAGAUAGUGACACAGGUGAAGAGCAAAAAGUAAAAGUCGAUAAUAUACUGGAAAAAAUACGGAGUAAAGCUCCAAAAACAUACAGUAGUCAUACAUCCAAAGCAAAUCCUGAAUAUUGUGUAUUUUCGCCUAAUAACAAGAACCGUACAGAUUGGGAUUUCAGUGUAUAUAUUUGUGAGGAUGAUAUGCUCCCAGUAAGCAGUACAGAAAAACCUUCAGUAUUUGCAGUUUGUGUUGAUGAUAACGUUUCAUUUUACACGGCACAUAGCAUUAACUUACCUUAUUUAACUUAACAUUAAUAAAUGUAUCCCUUGUUGGUAAAAUUGUUUAUUUACUACAUACAAUAACAUACAAAACUUGUAACACAAACAAAACAACUUUCAACAUAUAAUUCAAUAUUUGUUCCUAGAGAGCUUUGGUAAUACUUUUCCUAGGCAGUCACAUGUCAUAUUAUAUAAAGAUACUGCUGCAGUGGAAUAUAAAAUAAAAAUAUUCGAGACCAUUUAAAAUGGUAUUUGGUACUUGUAAAAGUGAUUACAAAAUCAUAAGAAAUGAUGAACACAUUUUAUUAUCAAUUUAAGUACAAAUGCCUAUUUUGUAUAUGAAUGUGUUAUUGAUAUUCCUGUUCUAUCCACCCCUUUGAAACUGCUUGCCACUCGCUUGUCACAAUUCUGAAGUGUUCUUUGACAAUUUCGAAAACAAGUAAUUUAAUGUGGAUAGAACAAAAAUAACAUUACCUAUAACUACAUGUUAAAGCUUUGUAUUCUUUGUAUCGUACCUAUAGAGGUAUAGUUUUGAAAUUGACGGUUAUCUGUAUGUAAAUUCACUUUAGGCCAGUCAUUAUAGGCAUUAUAAAAAUGAAGAGACAAAAAAACAUUAUUCCAGAAGUUCAAAAUUUUUUGGAAGCUUCUUUAUAGCAGUAUUUGAGUUCCGGAUCUUACUGGAAAGUUUGAAAGUCUGGAAUUAUUGUGAAUGGAUGUUCCUUAAUAGCUGACCUAUCAUUAAAGCAGUGCAUAUAGUUACUAACCAAAUCCAAACCCAGACAAAUACUUGUGCUAAAAAUACUAACACACCUUUGAAGUGACCUAGAUUAAUUGGAGGCCGUAUUUUAUAAUAAUAGGCUAGUGAAUUGAUUUUUUUUUUAAUUUUCUUGAUCUUCAUACCAAUUUCAAUUUUGUUAUUCUUCCAACAAUUUCUGAAUGGUUUCGAGGUCUCAAAAUCACAAAAGAAGUCUCAGUCUCAUUCAACGGUGAAAAUUUGCCACUCAACUACUGGUCACGACUCCGUGAGUGAAACACAUAGUUGCCAGAUGUCAAAGUACAUCUGGAAAUAACAUAACUUGGCUAUAAACAUUCAAAAAUUAUGAUUUACAGCUCUCACAAUAUGUGUAAACAUUUCUAGUUGCUUUUCUCAGUUGGGCAAUAUUUCCUCCAUUGAGUUGUAUGUAUGUAUGAAUGAUCCUUUGAAGUCUACAUCAACACAGUAGAAUUGUUCAAAGUAAAAAAGGCAAUAUCAGUUCAGUAGCCUAUUUUAUCAAAUGAUGGAAGGAGCAGAUCAGAUCGAACCAACUUACCAACUAUUCAACAUAAAGAUAUACAAGUUGAUUCACUAUUUGGAAAUGUAUUUUUUUGGACUUUGGCUAUCAGAAAGGGGCACUUCAAAUAAAUGUAUUUGUGGAAUAAUCAAUGUGGAAGCCUUAUAACUAUAAAUUAAUAGACAUAAUAAUUAUAUAACAGGUGCAACAACCAACACAAACACAGGUACAGGUAAUCAGAUCACAACCACAAGGUAAUUAAAUAAUACCUACUCAUAUAGGUAACAUAGAUUAAUUCUACCAAUCUAGUAUCGGUCUAGAAUCGAAACUAAACCUAAAAAAACCAAGAUGACAUUCCAGGGCUAUUAAAGUGGGCCACAAUGAUG